AUACAGAUGUGGAACAGGACAGUUAGGAGAAAUUGAAACAUGCAGUUCUACACACAACUGUUUACCUCCAACCGUGGGACUCUGGCCAGGAUCUGGCUAGCUUGUCACUGGGAAAAGAAAAUUACCAAAGCUCAUGUGUUUGAAUGUAACUUAGAGACGACCAUCCAAGAUAUAAUUUGCCCUCAGAUAAAGAUUGGCUUGAGAACAUCAGGACAUCUGCUUCUUGGAGUGGUGCGAAUUUAUUCAAGGAAAGCCAAGUAUCUUCUAGCAGACUGCAGUGAAGCUGUGGUCAAAAUCAAAGUUGCCUUUCGGCCAGGUCAACUUGACUUGCCUGAAGAUGGGAGGGAAGCCCGGUUAAGAUCCAUCACGCUCCCAGAGGACUUCACUGACUUUGAUUCUGAACUGCCUGACCCAAAGAUGUUUGAGGACAUAGUUGACGUCUCCUUGAACCAGAGUCGCAUAGAGGAGAUAACACUCAGGGAAGAUUUCGGGGGAUUCCCUCUCAUGAUGGACAACUUCAGCAGCAGAUCUUUAGGGGAGAAAGAGUCAGAGUUUGAAGGGUUCGGUGACGAAGGGAUGGAGAGCACCUUGCUCGAUUUUAUGAUAGAGGCCAGUAAGGAUGGAUUCUCAGAUAUUUUUGACUCAUCUCAUGAGGUCCCAAGGACUCCACCUCCGACGGCCAUCAACCUAGACAAUGCGGAUUCAAAUGAAUUGGAGGAGCAAGUUGAGCCCUGUAGUCCCCAGGCCCCCACUGUUGUGUCUGUUGAUGAUGAACGAACGAUGAACGAGACGGUUCUAGUGGAGAACGAGGAAGAGUUCUUCGCUCUUGAGCCAGUUCCAAUGACACCGACUCUGGAGAGGAAGAAAGGGAAGAAGAAGAGGAGGCUGAUGGUGGACGCGAGGAAGGAACUGACCAAUGAGGAGAUGAGACACAUGCUGCAGGAAUCCAAUGACCUCACGGCAGCCCUGGACCUGGCCCCGCCUACCCGACAGCUGAUGGAAUGGAAGAGCAGUGGAGGGGCAGAAUGGCUUUUUAGACACUACUGCACCCCGGCUGUGUACCAUCCAGACCUGCUGCAGAUAUUCCCUAGAGACGUGUUUCCCCGGAAACCAGAGUCAGAGCAGGCGGGCGAGGAGAGUGAUCCAGAGAGGAUGAGGAACCAGCAUCAAGAGGAAUUGAGCGAGUCGUCCAUCUUCCCCACGGAGGAGCCCAGUCUGUUGCAGGAGUCUGCGGACCAGAGCAAAGUGUCGCCGCCACCAGUCGAUGUUAACCUGGAGGAGCUCGGCAUCUUCCACCUGCCGCCCCCCAGUGAGCACUUAGACGACGUGUUUUCCCCACCUGAUCCUGUGUUGGAGGACUCUUUGCUGGUUCAUGCGUCUGGUGCGGAGAGGGAAAUGCCGUCCUCAGUGACAGCAACACCCAAGAGUCAGUUGGAUCAGAACAGUGAAGACACUGAGGAGAAGAGGCUGACGAGCCGAGCUCAGAGACUCCUUCAGGCACUCAAAGGUCGUGACCCGAGGCCCAACGCCAUGUUCAGCCUGCAGGAGCUGUGUAAGGGAAGCUCUCGACCUGAGGUGGCCGCCAUGUUCUUCUCCUUGCUGGUGCUGAGGAAGCAGGGUGCCCUGGACCUGCACCAGAGCGCCCCCUACAGCGAGAUCAUCGCCACACCAGGGCCACGCUUUACCGCCUUCUAGGAAGUGGAGGAAGGUUAGGGGGAGAAAAGAAAUGGAAUUUAUGUUUG